AUGUCUCUUUCUGUAGAUUCUUACAAGGAGAUAAUUAUGUCAGAUAAUGUUGAGAUGUUCAUAGAGUACGUGACGUUAAUGAUUUCUGAUCAUGUUUUAUUCAACUCAUUAAGAAAAAUUCAUCCAAAAUUGUUCCAGAACAUCAAUUCUCUAAUGCCAUUUUGCGUUUAUUUGAAAGCAAAUAAUCUUGCAGCAAAGUUUCAAGAAGUUUAUCAUAAUUUAUCAUCAGAAACUUAUCCAAUUCCAUUAGCUUUUUACGCAGCCGCAUCAGGAAAUAUUAGAUACUUAGAAUCACAUAAGAGAGAUGCAUCUGACACUACAAAUGACGGAAAUAUAGUUAACGUUGCAGUAUAUUAUAAUCAGCCAGAAGUUAUUAAAUGGGCUAUAGCGAAUAAUAUUUCCCCCGUAGCUGCAAGUAAAACAUACGGAAUACCAUUACGUAAAGCGUGUGAAAGAUAUCAGAUUAAUUGCGUAAUAGAAUUAGUUAAAGAUGAAACAAUCAGGAAAUCAUUAUAUGAUCCUCAUUAUGGUUCAACAGUUUGUUUGGCUUGCCUUAACAAGAGAUUUUUCGAAGCUUUGCCGAUUUUAAUUGACAAUAACCUUAACAUUAACAGAUGCAAUUUCGAUUAUUGGCCGCUUAUACUUCAUGGAGCAGCCUCGAAUUCUUCGCUCAUACCAUCUCAGCUCGUGAGACUUGGAGUUCCCAUUGAUUCAUGUGAACAGUACUCAGGAUGGACUGCUCUUCAUGUUUCUGCUUCCAAGCACCAGAGAAUCAAUGUUAUUUUCUUCUUAGAAUACGGUGCUUCCCCAUUUAAGAAAACUCACUUGGGUUUCACUCCUUUCAUGCUUGCAAACACUUUUGAUAAAAAUGAUAGAAGUUAUGACUGCGCCCAAUGCAUUAGAGAUGCUAUCUGUUUAUAUAUGGCCAAAAGAUUUUUGAUUGCACGUUUUUCGGGCUCCCAGUAA